UAGCGUGCGUGGCCACAGCUAGGGGGAGGUUUUGAGGGUUAUUUCGCCAGCAACCAGUGCUGUGCUGCGUUUAUUCUAGCAUGAGACAGCCAGGGGUGAGCACCUGAGUUUUCACACAAUAAAGGUGCUGAAAGGGACCAAGCACUCCGGGGAUACCACCGACCCAGGGAGGAAAAAGUACCACCAUGUACAAGACCAGCUACAUGCACGAGGUGCGCAAGGAGAAGUAUGAGCGCUCAGAUGUUUUCGAUGAGGAACCUAUGGACUCUGAAUCCUCUGCAGGCAUCUCAGCCAUCCAGGGCUGGGAGAGCCUUCAGGAGCUCAACAGCCGCUUCGCCAGGUACAUCAACAGGGCCCGGGUCCUGGAGCAGCGCAACGCCGUGUUCCGCAAGCAGCUGGAGACGCUGCAGCGGAUGGAAGAGGCCAGCGGCCUCGAAGAAGCCUUCACAGAGCAGACUGAAGUCAACAGGCAGCGCAUCAGGGAGCUGUCCUCCGACCGUGCCAAGCUGCAGCGAGAUCUGAAAGACGCAUGCCGCAUGCUGGAUGAGUUCACCACCAAAUAUAGAAAUGAAUGUGAUUAUCAAGAGCAGCUCCGGGGCACGCUGGAACAAUUAAACAAGGAGGCUGACAGUGCUCUGCUGAGAAAUCUGGAGUACCAGAUCCAAACACAGUUCCUGCAGGACGACAUCAACUCCACCAGAGACAGGCACAGGAAGAACCUUGCAGAGAUUCAGACCUAUGUAAAUAUUUUACAUCAGAUCAACCAGACACUUCCCCUUGCUCCCAAUGUGUCCGUGGGCAUCUCUGAGGAACAGGAGAAGCUGCUGGCCCAGAGGAAAGUUCCCGCGCUGCAGAGUCAGCUGGAGGAAUAUAAGAGCGCCCUCUGCCAGCUGCAGGAACAGAGGCAACGCCUACAGACCGAGACUACAGUGUUGGAGCAAACCAUCAAAGGCACGCAGGAGGGUUAUGACAAUGAGAUCCAGAUGUACAACGAGCAAAUCGAUUCUCUGCGCAAGGAGAUCGAGGAAGCCGAGAGGUCCCUCGAGAAGUUCACCAAUGAAUGUCGCCACCUGGCCAUGUACCAGACCUCCCUUGAGAACGAGCUGGAGCGAUACAAGAGGAUCAUCGAGAACGAAGAUAACAGGUUGAAUUCAGCGAUAAUUGGCACCCCCAUUAGCCUGUUUACCACUAAUUACCGCUACACCCACACACCCACUGCAUCAAGCAGGGGGAGAGAUAUCACCCAGGCUAUCCAAGAUAUCACCAGCAUCAAGCCCCGCCAGAAGAUCAUGGCUAAGAAGGUCCUGAAGAAGAAAGAGCUGACCCCGAAAGAUGUGAUGGACAGUGGCCAGGAGGAAAGAAAUGGUGGUGCUGCUGGAGAGGCACCGGAUGAGGAAACCAAGGGGAUCCCAUCUAUGGAAGUGAAGGAGGAGAGGGUGAAGAGAAGAGAGAAGAGACCUGUUCUCACUGGAGUGUCUCCACAGGAUGUCCCAGACGGAGCUCAGAUCAGCAAGGCCUUUGACACUCUUUGUAACAUCGUGAGAGACAGAAUGAGGAAGUACAAGAAGCCUGAGCCAAUCGCUGACUUCUACACCAAGGGGCGCUACGUCCUUGUCACUGGCGACGGCAGCUAUCCGGAUCCAUGCUUCUGCACCUCCACGCCAUCAGGCGGACACAUCUUCGUCACCAUCAGAGAUGAUAUGAUGCCUCCCUAUGAGCCUUACGAACCCAUCACACCUUUUCCUUCACCCUUACCUCCAAUUCCAUCUCCUCAGCCCAUAGUAGACCCCAGGCCUCCACCUCCCAACCCUCCCUCUAAUGGUGGAGGAGGAAAAGACGAUAAUAAGGGUGGAAAAGGUAAGGACAAUGGAGGCAAAGGUAAGUAUAAGAACGGAGAGCCUCAACCACACCCCAAAGAUCCGAGCCCCAUCCCUUCACCCUUUGGCCCGAAAGCUCCGUCCCCAGCUGACGAUGAUCGCAAGAAAAGCCGAGAUGACAAUGGGCCCACUCCAAAGCCUGCUCCUCGUGGGGCCAGCACCAGCUCCAGCUCCAGCUCCGGUUCCAGUUCCAGCACCGGCACCAGCACCAGCUCUGGCAGCUAUUCCCCAGAAGCCAUGAGCUACGAAAAGUUGGAGGUGGUGGAGUCUGUGGAGAAGUUCUCCAAUGGCCGCAAGGUCAAAGGUUACGAGGAGACUUCCAUGGUGGUGGAAACCAUGAUUGAAAAGUCCAGCAAGAAGAAACAUUGAAACUCCGUCACCUGACGCGAAGAGUCUGUCAACUCCACCAGGGUCACAUGGUUAAAGAUCCACUAACAAGAACACGAUGCUGAUUAAUACCACUGUUCCUCAAACUGCUGCAAUAAGACCAUGUUGUCUCUAAGGGAAACCAACCACGUUUGAAGACCAACUACACAUUCCUGCUCUGAUAUUCAAUGCUCUUCCAUUUGAUUGCAGUCUCUGGUCUUGCAUCCAGAUUACGUUUUUCUGGUUCAGUACUGCUGUUGUUGUUCGACUAACAACCAUGCUCAUGCUAUAAGUCCUUUACUGUCUGAAAACUUAAAGAAGCUCCACGCCACCAAUAAAAAAUUAUAAAAUUAAUAAAAAACUGUGAAGUUGUGCCACCCCUCUGAACUCUGUCUUAGAACUCCAAUUUUCCCCUUUGAGAAGAUUUUUACAAUUGGAUGCAACUGCCUGACCUCAGCACUAUUUUUGCUGUGAAUUAAUUUGCUUUGAUAUAUUGAAUAUUAAAUAAAGAAUCACAUUUCAAUUGA